AUGGUUAGUGUGAACCUGAUCAUUGCCCCUCUGUGAAGCAAUAAGCAAUGUAUCAAUUAUGUGCGGAAGAGGAGAAAGACAGUUACCGUAACAAAUUAGGUAAACCAUCAUGAUCCCCAUCACAGAGCUCCGAUACUUUGCUGACACCCAGCCGGCGUACCGCAUCCUGAAGCCAUGGUGGGACGUCUUCACAGACUACAUCUCCAUUGUCAUGCUCAUGAUCGCCGUGUUUGGGGGCACACUACAGGUAACCCAGGACAAGAUGAUCUGCCUGCCCUGCAAGUGGGUGGUCAACAAAUCCUGUGAGUACCUCAAUAUGAGCUUCCGUGACUCCUUUGACUCAGAGCCAAAAGGCAUCCAGUAUGACCUCGACCGGCACCAGUACAACUACAUUGACGCGGUCUGCUAUGAGAACAAGCUGCACUGGUUCGCCAAGUACUUCCCCUACCUGGUGCUACUGCACACCCUCAUCUUCCUGGCCUGCAGUAACUUCUGGUUCAAGUUCCCCCGGACUAGCUCCAAACUGGAGCACUUUGUGUCCAUCCUGCUCAAGUGUUUUGACUCGCCCUGGACCACCAGGGCUCUGUCUGAGACGGUAGUGGAGGAGAGUGACCCCAAGCCUCUGGGGAAGAUGAACGGUACCAUGGACAAGAAGGCGUCAUGCAUCAGCGAGGAUGUGGAGGCCAGCGAGCCCAUGCUCCAAAGGACCAAGUCCCGCAUCGAGCAGGGCAUUGUUGACCGCUCCGACACAGGUGUCCUGGACAAGAAGGAAGGCGAGCAGGCCAAAGCUCUUUUCGAGAAGGUCAAGAAGUUCCGGAUCCACGUCGAAGAAGGGGACAUCGUCUACCGGCUCUACAUCCGCCAGACCAUCAUCAAAGUCAUAAAGUUCAUCCUGAUCAUCUGCUACACGGCCUACUAUGUGCACUACAUCAAGUUCAGUGUGAUCUGCACAGUGGACAUUGAGAAGCUGACGGGCUAUAGGAUGUACCACUGUGCUCACCCCCUGGCCACGCUCUUCAAGAUCCUGGCCUGUUUCUAUAUCAGCCUGGUGGGGAUUUACGGUCUCAUCUGCAUGUACACCCUCUGCUGGAUGCUCAGCCGCUCGCUUAAGCGCUACUCCUUUGAGUCGAUCCGCGAGGAGAGCAGGUACAGCGACAUACCCGAUGUGAAAAACGACUUUGCCUUCAUGUUGCAUAUGAUCGACCAGUAUGACCCGCUCUACUCCAAACGCUUUGCUGUCUUCCUGUCGGAGGUUAGCGAGAACAAACUGCGUCAGCUGAACCUCAACAACGAGUGGACGCUGGACAAGCUGCGGCAACGCAUCACCAAGAACUCCCAAGAGAAACUGGAGCUGCACUUGUUCAUGCUUAACGGAAUCCCUGAAACUGUGUUUGACCUAAUAGAACUGGAGGUGCUCAAGCUGGAGCUCAUCCCUGAUGUCACCAUCCCCCCCAUCAUUGCCCAGCUAGUCAGCCUGAGAGAGAUGUGGCUCUACCACACACCGGCAAAAAUUGAGGCCCCAGCUUUGGCCUUUCUGAGGGAGAACCUUAAGUCCCUCCACAUCAAGUUCACCGACAUCAAGGAGAUCCCUCUAUGGAUCUACAGCCUGAAGAACCUGAGCGAGCUGCACCUCACAGGGAACCUGAGCGCAGAGAACAACCGCUACAUUGUCAUCGACGGGCUACGAGAGCUCAAGAGGCUCAAAGUGCUCCGUCUGAAGAGUAACCUGACCAAGCUGCCUCAGGUGGUGACGGACGUUGGGGUCCACCUCCAGAAGCUGUCAAUCAACAACGAGGGCACCAAGCUGAUGGUGCUCAACAGCCUGAAGAAGAUGGUAAACCUGACAGAGCUGGAGCUGUUGCGCUGCGACCUGGAACGCAUCCCACACUCCAUUUUCAGCCUGCACAACCUGCAGGAGAUCGACCUGAAGGACAACAACCUCAAGACCAUCGAGGAGAUCAUCAGCUUCCAGCACCUGCACCGUCUGGUAAGCUUGAAGCUGUGGUACAACCAGAUCGCCUAUAUCCCCAUCCAGAUCGGCACCUUGACGAACAUGGAGAGGCUCUACCUAAACCGCAACAAGAUCGAGAAGAUCCCGGGCCAGCUCUUCUACUGCCGCAAACUACGCUUCCUGGACCUGAGUCACAACAACCUGACCAGUAUACAUGCCGACGUGGGCUUCCUCCAGAACCUGCAGUACUUUGCUGUGACAGCCAACAGGAUCGAAUCCCUCCCGCCGGAUCUGUUCCAGUGCAAGAAGCUGCGCACCCUUAACCUGGGCAACAACUGCCUGCAGACUCUGCCCUCGCGCUUCGGCGAGCUGACUGGCCUAACCCAGCUGGAACUACGGGGGAACCGUCUGGAGUGCCUGCCCGUGGAGCUGGGCGAGUGCAGGCUGCUGAAGAGGAGCGGCCUGGUGGUGGAGGAGGACCUCUUUAACACCCUGCCCCUCGAGGUCAAAGAGCAGUUGUGGAGGGCCGACAAAGAGCCAGUCUGAGGAGAGACCCCAGAGAGCCUAAGGAGAGGAGGAAAGCUGGAGAGAGGAAGGGGUAUUGGGCAGUGGAGGAUGAUGUCACUUUAAAUCGGAAGCCAUCCUCCUAUUUCUCCCUCCACCAGCCUUCACUGGUAUCGGGAAGGAGAAAGGGGUGAGAGGUGUCCAUAUUUCUGGACGUACGUUUAGAGAAGGAUGGUUGGUUGGUGUCUUGGCUUUACUGGCUGAAUUUGUUUUUUUAGGGUCACAAGAUGCUCUUUAACAGACUACCAAACCUCUCUGAGAUCGAGGCACUUUUUUAGUACAGAGUCGUCUCAGUAUAGACAGAGACCACAAAGGAACAAGGAGUUACAAAGCCAUGCAGUACCCCCAUGGUGUCCCCAUGUGGGGAAGAUAAAAACACACACACACUCCUUGAACUCAGAAAAAUAGUUCAAUACAGCCAAAGCAGGGCCCUGUUCAUUAGCCACCAAAUGGAAGAAAAUGGUCUGGAACAGGGAGGGACAAUCAAUAAGAAACACUAAUUUUUGUUUUCUGUUGCUAAACGUUUGUUAGUGUGUGCCCUAAUGAAAAUUACCCAGAUCCUUGCACUCCAAAACUGUUACCAUGGAUACGGCAUUGGCUUAUACAGUACACAUUUGUGCAAUAUAUUCUGCCGGAAUAUCGAAGAAGAGACACUUUUAUCGAAGGGACUUGGAGUAAACAACAUCAUUUAGAGGGAAAUUGCCACCACAGGUGAUUCCUUCAAGACCAGCCAGGCAACUCAUGUUACUAAUAUGGCCUUACCUUUUGGGUGCUGUACUGUACGUCCCAAAUUGUGUGUGUGAUUAAAACCAUAAUAUUAAUGAUUUUGCUAAAUAUGCAGACAAAUGUAUAGCUGUUGUAAAAUUGUUUCGAGCAUAGGCAUUGAGAUGGGAUUAUUAUUCUCACCAACUGUCCCAAGUUAUUUUAAAAGGAGAGGGAAGCCUCACUUUGAAGGAAAGGGAGAGGAAUUCAUCUUUGUUCACACAAUCAUUUUCAUUUAACAUUUUUACUACAUGUAAUUUCCCUUUUUUGCGCAAUGUUAUUUACCAAUGAAAACCCUCCAGCUGGGUGUUUUGAAUCUAGCUCUGUUCUGAAAAGGUCUCCGUUUUGGAUUUGUUAGUAAAGGCUAGCGCCCAGCUGUAAAUGGAUGGAGCAACGCUCACAGAGUAGGAGUGCAUCAGAAAGGAGCAAACGAUCCCAGAGCAAAGGCUCGCUGGUCGAGACCAAUGAUGUAUAUAAACCUUUGAUUGCUGAUGCUAAAAGAUAAUUGGACAAAGUAUACUUUAAGGAAAAUGUUUUUAUAAUUGUUUUCAUUUUGUAUUUGUAUGUUUAGCGCAAAUAAUAUAAUUUAAAAUUAUGCAUUAUGGUGUACCAAGAUGGAGGCAUGGUGGCUUCAACUUUAGUGCCCCCAAUUAGUAAUCUAGUGUGUAUAUAAAUCAUUUGUUGAGAUCAAUGAUCUAUAUAAACCCUGGAUUGCUGAUGCUAUGUAUUGGCCAUUGAGAGGCUUGGAAGCUACCGGUCGGCCAUAUUGUCACUCCCCAGUAGGAGCAGUCCUCCAUAGGAAUGCAUGGAAUUCUAUAGUAUUUCAGUUAAAUGUUUCAACUACAAAAUUGCAUGUAUUUAAUUAUUUUGUUGUUGUAGUAGGGACCGUAACAUUAAUUUAAAAAAUGGUACUUAACAUUAUUUAUCUCAAAAAAAAAUUAUACUUUAAGGAAAAUGUGUUUCUUUUUUCAUUUUCUAUUUGUAUGUUUAGCUCACAUAAAAGUA